AACCUGCAGGGCAGCGGCCACAGGUCCUCCGAGCAGAAGAAGAAGAAGCUCUCAUUACACAGCAGCAGCAGCAGCAGCAGAAGAAGAAGAAGAAGAAGAAGCAGAGCUGCAAUGGUUAGCCCCAGGACCCGGAAGUAGGCUAGCUGUGAGCUAACCUCUAGCUGCUAACACCUGUGUGGUCGUGAAGGAACCGGCCGCCACCUUUUGAACAGGUAAACCUCUGAACAGAGGCUCAUGCUCCAGAGGCUCAUGCUCCAGUCUCUGAAACUCGGUCGUCCUCAAUGUGCCGCUUUCCUCCAUGAAACAUGGCGUUCCUCUUGGUUCGGUCUGCUGAGGAAACGGUGUCGGGUCAGAACUGCUCUGUUGGUCUUCACCGGCGCCACCCGGACCUCAACGACACGUCCGGCCUCGCUAUGGGUCAGGACCGGGGCAAGUACGACUUCUACAUCGGCCUGGGGCUGGCCGUGAGCUCCAGCAUCUUCAUCGGGGGCAGCUUCAUCCUCAAGAAGAAGGGCCUCCUGCGGCUGGCCAGGAAGGGCUCCAUGCGGGCAGGUCAGGGAGGCCACGCCUACCUCAAGGAGUGGUUAUGGUGGGCGGGGCUACUGUCAAUGGGAGCUGGGGAAGCAGCCAACUUCGCAGCCUAUGCCUUUGCUCCGGCGACCCUGGUGACCCCGCUGGGCGCCCUCAGCGUGCUGGUCAGCGCCGUGCUGUCCUCGUACUUCCUGACGGAGCGUCUGAACCUGCACGGGAAGCUGGGCUGCGUGCUCAGCAUCCUGGGCUCCACCACCAUGGUGAUCCACGCCCCCCAGGAGGAGGAGAUCAGCAGCCUGGACCACAUGGCCCAGAAGCUGGUGGACCCGGGGUUCUUCAUCUUCGCCACCCUCGUGGUCAUCGUGGCGCUCAUCUUCAUCUUCGUGGUGGGUCCCCGUCACGGCCAGACCAACAUCCUGGUCUACAUCACCAUCUGCUCCGUGAUCGGCGCCCUGUCGGUGUCCUGCGUGAAGGGGCUGGGCAUCGCCAUCAAGGAGGCGAUCGCCGGCAAAAGCGUGGCCAGGAAGCCGCUGGCGUGGAUCCUGCUGCUGGGCCUGGUGGCGUGCGUCAGCACGCAGAUCAACUACCUGAACAAGGCGCUGGACAUCUUCAACACCUCGCUGGUCACGCCCAUCUACUACGUGUUCUUCACCACGUCCGUGCUCUCCUGCUCCGCCAUCCUCUUCAAGGAGUGGGGCCACAUGGGCGGCGACGACGUGAUCGGCACGCUGAGCGGCUUCCUCACCAUCAUCGUGGGCAUCUUCCUGCUGCACGCCUUCAAGGACGUGAGCGUGAGCCUGGCCUCGCUCGCCGUGGCCAUGAGGAAGGACGAGCGGGGGGCGUCGCCCGCCGCCAACGGCACGGCGUCGCACUACGAGCUGCUGCUGCCGCACGGCGAGGAGCCCUUCGAGAGCGUGUCCCGGAGGAACGGGGCGGCCUCGUCGGACCACUGAGACUCUGUGGGGGGGCGGACCGCCCCGGACCACUGAGACUCUGUGGGGGGGGCGGACCGCCCCGGACCACUCAGACUCUGUGGGGGGGGGCGGACCGCCCCGGACCACUCAGACUCUGUGGGGGGGGGCGGACCGCCCGGACCACUCAGACUCUGUGGGGGGGCGGACCGCCCCGGACCACUCAGACUCUGUGGGGGGGCGGACCGCCCCGGACCACUCAGACUCUGUGGGGGGGGGGCGGACCGGUGGAUUGUACUUAACCUUUUGAUUUGCCUUACGUUCUCGGACCCGGUCCUCAGUCAUUCCUCUGUAGCUGUAUAUAUAUAUAUGAGUUUUUUAACAGAUGCGCAUGCAUCUCAUGCACUGACUUACUUUCUAUGAAUCAAGAUGAUUUUAAUAUAAAUAUAUUCUAUACGAGGUCCUGCUGACAAAAGGACCGUCACUUUGAUUUGGUUUUUUUCGUGAUACUUGAAAGAUUAAAAACAAACAAAAACUAUUUGAGUUGGAA